AUGGAUGCGUCUUUGUACGACGAUGAACGAAAGCAAAGGGUAAAGCGGACGGAAGAUUGGCUAGUUAGCAACGUGUUUGGCCUGCUGGAGAAAGACGAGAGGCGCCAGCAGGACAGGCACAGAAUGAUUCUCGGCGGCGAUUCUGGCCUUUAUAGGUAG